AUGAAAAAUGAUAAUUCUCCAGGUAAUUAAUAAGGCAAGAGUAAUCUAGGCUAUCAGACUUCAUCUCCAAGAAAACAAUAUGCUCCUCAAGAUACAAUGUCAUAGAUCAUAUAAUUCAAUCCUUAAUCUACAAAUCUGAAAUCCUCAUCUCCUCAUAGGCCGAAAGAUUAACCUAAACAAAGUUUCUAUUUUGUUUAGGAUGCUGGUUAAAGCGAAUAAGAAACAUAGGAAAAGUUCAAUUAAGUUAAGAAUAACUACAAUACUAAUAAAUAGUCUAUAACUAGAAACGAUAAAUAACGAAAACAAGUAGACCUAUCAAGUAAUGUAUUUGAGAACACUAAAAAUAUCGAUGUGGUAGCUAAAUCACCUGAAAAUUAAUAAUUAAUUAAUACAUCAGUCUAAUGGACAAAUGUGCAUUAUGGUAAAGUACUCACAUCUGUGAAUGAGAAGGCAGAAUUCGAAAAAGAUUAUGCCAAACAAAGAAAGCAUCAAGAGUUACAACAAUAAUAUUAUGAUGGUUCAGCUCACAAGAGUCCUUCUAAAAUAAUAGAGAAUGAGAUUAAUAUUUAGUCUAAGAAAUAAAAUUAAUAAUUCUCUGAUCUUUUUGGAUAAGAAUUGGGAAGCAAAGAAAGAAAGUGGCUAAGACCGUAGCGUAGUCUUUCCCCUUAAAUAAAAUGGUCCAAUUUUGAUAGCAAUAGAGAUUAUAAAGAUUUUGGUGAUAUGAGUAUUAAAGAGUCUAAAUUACGCAAUAUAAACACAGAUACUCAAAAGGAUAAUCAGAAAGAUCUCCAUAAAUUGAAUCAUCCUUUGACUUCGCCAUUUUUUGAUUGUCAAAUGUCAUAUGAAAAGAUUAAAGGUUAAUAUAAACAGUAGAAUUAAUUAAAAUAAUUAGAAAGUGUGCCAUCAAAGAAAUUUGGGUAAGAGAAGAAGAUCGAAUAAAGUGGUAGCAAUAAAAAAUAUGAGGGACUCUAUUCAUGGAAAAACAACUAUUAAAAAUGA